CAUGACCCCUCUUCCCUAAAGUCCAAGUCCACUUCACAGCCGCAGUAUGAACUCAGCUCAAAAUCAACGAAACUUCCAGUAGGAAACCACCGCGCCACGCCUUCCGCAAAAUCCCACAUAAAACCCGUAACAGAGAGUAGUUCAAUCGUCGCAGCAGCUUCUUCAUACUCCGAUUAACCCCCCGUCCGUCCCAUAACAGAAGUGACCCAGAAAAAUGGAGCAGAUCCCAAUAGCCUACAGAUCGCUGGACCCAGCGGUGCCAGAAUGGCUAAACAAAGGCGACAACGCCUGGCAGAUGACGGCAUCCGCCCUCGUCUCGAUUCAGAGCAUGCCGGGACUCGUAAUCCUCUACGCCAGCAUCGUGAAGAAGAAAUGGGCAGUCAAUUCGGCCUUCAUGGCGCUCUACGCCUUCGCCGCCGUCCUGAUUUGCUGGGUCCUGCUCUGUUACCGGAUGGCCUUCGGCGACGAGCUCUUGCCCUUUUGGGGGAAAGGCGCCCCUGCUCUCGGCCAGAAGUACCUAAUCCGUCGAGCCAUCGUCCCCGAGAGCCGCCACCGACAGGAGGACGGGACUUACCACGUCGCGGAGCCGUUUUACCCCAUGGCGACUUUGGUCUACUUCCAGUUCACCUUCGCAGCGAUCACGAUGAUUCUGCUCGCCGGCUCCGUUUUGGGGCGGAUGAACAUUCGGGCCUGGAUGGCUUUCGUCCCGCUCUGGCUCGUCUUUUCUUACACGGUUGGGGCUUUUAGCCUGUGGGGCGGCGGGUUUCUUUACCACUGGGGAGUAAUUGAUUACUCCGGCGGCUACGUCAUUCAUCUCUCCUCCGGGAUCGCCGGUCUCACUGCCGCUUACUGGGUUGGGCCGCGGCUGAAAGCGGAUAGGGAAAGGUUCCCGCCGAACAACGUCCUGCUGAUGCUCGCCGGCGCGGGGCUUCUGUGGAUGGGGUGGUCGGGGUUCAACGGUGGGGCGCCUUACGCGGCGAACAUCGACGCCUCGCUGGCGAUUCUGAACACGAAUGUUUGCGCGGCGACGAGCUUGCUGGUGUGGACGUCGCUGGACGUGGUGUUCUUCGGGAAGCCGUCGGUGAUCGGAGCCGUGCAGGGGAUGAUGACGGGGCUUGUUUGUAUUACUCCCGGCGCAGGGUUGGUACAAUCGUGGGCGGCUAUAGUGAUGGGAAUGCUUUCUGGUAGCAUUCCAUGGGUGUCAAUGAUGGUUCUCCACAAGAAGUCAGCACUGCUACAGAAGGUAGACGACACACUAGGCGCGUUCCACACCCACGCGGUGGCGGGGCUAUUGGGCGGCCUGCUGACGGGACUCCUAGCCGAGCCGGAGCUAUGCGAGCUCAUCCUUCCGAUCAAAACCAGGGGAGCAUUCUACGGCGGCAAUGGAGGGGUCCAGUUCCUCAAGCAAAUCGUAGCGGCGCUGUUCGUGAUCGGCUGGAACGUGGUCUCCACCACCCUCAUACUUCUGGCCAUUAGGUUGUUCAUCCCUUUGCGAAUGCCCGAGGAUCAGCUAGCCAUCGGCGACGACGCCGUUCACGGCGAGGAAGCUUAUGCACUUUGGGGCGACGGCGAGAAGUUCGACCCUACUAAGCAUGGCUGGAAUACCGGUGCCAAUUAUGCUGAAGACAUCGCACCCUCUCCUUAUAUCAACGGUGCUAGAGGCUUGACAAUCAAUUUGUAAGGUGAAGAAUAUACAUAUUGUGAGUUUUUUGUUUUUUUUCUUCGUGUUUAAGUUCUCUCAGGGUUUUUGUAUGUAUUCAGGUUAUAUCUAUUAUAUAUUAUUAUAUCAGUUGGUUCGACAGCUGUUUUGUGAACAUCAGAACCCAACGAUCAGUGUUUGCUAUCUAGUCCGUCGCCUAAAACAGUAACAAUAUACCUCACACAAGUGAAUGAUCGCAAUGAUGGAUCUUACAGCAAAUUGGCAGGC